UUUUUUUUUUUUUUUCACAAAAGUGUUGACAUAUACUCGAUCGAUUCAGGAUAUUUAUGUACGUUUUUGCCAUGUAAAAUGUGGACUGCAGCAACGCCUCACGACUUCUCUUCUUUUUUUUUUAACCCACAAUGCUGUGCGGCAGGGGGUUGUCUUGUGUGUGCGCUGUUUGUGGUGCUGAUGCUGCGCGUGCCUCCGGAGGCUGCUACCAUAGAGAUCAACUCGAGCAUCCUUCCAUCCAUCCGCGAGAGAGAGAGGAAAUAGGAAUCAGGUUUUGUUUCGACUCUGGUUGUGAAAUGCCAGGAUGUUUCUGCCAGCUGUUGUAGCCUCAUUCAUCUCUUUAUAACCAGACAUUUAUUCUACAUUUAGAGUCUUCUUUCUUCGUCCCUCCAUCAUUUAUGCACAGCACGCUGCUCCAGUCCUCUCCAACAAAACACACCUUCGUGUCCGAGCACCAUGGCCCGAUCCCGGCGCUUCCACUGAGAGACAUGGAAGCCAAACAGCACCCGAUAAAGAGCCUCAAGAGCUACCCGGAAACCGGCGGCCGGAGCCUGGCAGCGGCCGCCGGAGGAGACGGAGGAGGAGGCGGAGGAGGAGGAGGAGGCUCGGCUGAGAUGGAGAUGGAGAUGGAGGCGAAGAUCCAGAAAGCCAUCGACUUCAAGGCGGAGGGUCACCGCUGCUACAAGGAGAAGAAAUUCCGGGAGGCGAUCGGCAAGUACCACCGGGCUCUGCUGCAGCUCAAAGGGGUUCAUGUUCAUGUGGCCGACGGGACGACGGGCUCCGAGGUCAACCUGCUGCACCAACCUGCGGCCAAGCUCACCGAGGAGCAGCGGAGAGCCGUGGAGAGCACCGAGAUCGAGUGCUACGACAGCCUGACAGCGUGUCUGUUGCAGUCAGAGCUGGUGAACUACGAGAGGGUGAAGGAGUACUGUCUGAAAGUGCUGAGCCACCAGAGAGACCACUUCAAGGCCAUGUACCGAGCCGGCAUCGCCUUCUAUCACCUGGGUGACUACGAAUGUGCCCUACGCUACCUGCGUGACGCCAAGAACCGCGAACCAACAGGUGAUGACACCAACGUGCUGCGGUACAUCCAGCUGACAGAGAUGAAGAUGAGCAAGAGUUGUCAGCGGGAACGAGAGAACAAAGAGACCCAGGGCUAACCCCUCAACCUUUUCACCCUCCUGACCCCUCGACCUUUGACCCCACAUCGACCCUCCCUCUAUCGCCUCCCGACAGCAGCACAGCCCACAGACAGAAGAGACGGACCCAAUCAGCCGCCAGCGAUGGAUAAAAACAGGAAACAUAUCAAGCCCUGUCUGCGACCCGACCUCCUUUUCCCCUCUCUUCCCUUCCUCCUCUCCCUCUAUUCUCCCUCAGGUGCUGUGGUUCCUCUCCCUAGACGCAGACAGUCUUUAAACAAAAAAAACAAAAAAAUGCUGUAUUAUACUCAUAUGAACAGUCAUCGUGGUGGAACGAAAAAGGAGCUUCAAAACAUACAUAUGAAUAAUGGACAUUUGCGUGGUUUAGUAAAUGUUUUAAAGACAUGAAAAUGCAUUUAGUUUCUGCUCUCUUGCUCUCUUUUUCUCUCUGCCUUCUCUCUCCGUCUUAUUUCGAAACCUUUGAGGAGAACAUCGGGGUUGGGAAGCUCGACCACACCGGGAGGAGGGCAGGAGUGUGUGUGAACCUAAGCAGGGGAUAGUGAGGGGUGUGGGUGUGUGACACAUAUCAAGACCAUAGCCCAAUUUGAUUGUACAUCAUACCCCAACAGGGCUCACUCAGGCCCCUGACGCAGACUAUGGGACAGACUACCACGGGAAACCUUUCGUCGAGUAAAGGAAACGCCUGCCUCUGUGCUCAAUCUGUCGCUCUACUGUCUCGUUUUUCUCUCCUGGAUGCCAUGUAUCUCAGUUUCUGGACUGUUUUUUUUUUCAAUUCAAGGGCUAAUUCAAGUGUUUGUAAACCGUUACUAGGGUUUUUAAUUUGCUUUCGGUGUUCAUCAUACUCAGUAGUAGUCGGUUGUUGAUAGCGGUUCUUGCUGUCAUCAGGUGUGCUAUUGUGGAAACUGGUGUGUCUUCAAUCUGUUGCCCCUCCUGGGUCGUGUGUCGUUGUUGAGACUGUCGAAGCCCCCCCUUCCCUUCCCCCACCCCUCUCCCGUUAAUGAUGUCACAAUGGGAAAAUAGCCAAUGGGAUUGGAGUUCCAUCAACCCGCCGUUGGCUGGAUGGAAAUCCACUUUAAAAGUUUCACAGGGAGAAACACUUUCAAAUGUCUAAACGGAGGUCCAACCUUUUAUCGCUAAUGCUGAAGCUUCCCAGACAUCAAUAACACGGCGAUGAGACUCUGGGCGGCGUUAGUGCAGGGAAAACAAUCAUACACACAUCUGUCCUGACAGUCUAGACCGCCGUCUUGGAGCACUCAGCUUUAGUGCACUUCAACAAGAGGGUGCCAUUUGAGAUUUCUUCCUCUUUUAGUUUGUUGAUAGUUAAAACAUCUGGUUCCAAACAGGACAGAUAACACACAGCAUUAGCAUUAGACAACGCUACUGAUGAUACGGUUUGUGGAUAUCCACGGCUAGCUGUCAAAAGAUAACAUAAAUAAUUUGCUUCUCUUGUGACAUGUGAAGCCGAAUCAUUGAUAAUGCGAAUAUUGUUUUUUUUUGAUAGCUUUACUACCACGGGCUCAAAUCUGCCUGCGCUGUUCUGCAGAUGGUUGGAUUGACGAUUUGUGAAAGCAUGACCUGAAUUUCCCUUCUCUCUGACGCCAUGAAACCCAGUUUCCUCUUUCCCGUGUGCAAGCCCACCUCCUGCAUGUAUCGUGCGGCUCCAGAGAGUAACUUCAGAUGUAUGGGAUAGGGAUUAUAUCUGCUCUAUUGCUUUCUGUCAUGGCAUGCUGCCACGCUGUUCUCUCACCUCUAUGUUAUCCAUUCUGCCCUUUAUAGACACAGAAGGUGGCGACAAACUGUGAAUAGAAUAGGUAGCAAAUCAGCCUGUAAAAAAGGGGGUCUUUAAUAAAUCAGGGUCACCUUCUGCCUCGGCCAAGGUGAGAUAUAAGAGGUAAUUCCACUUCUUAUAUUUACGUGGAAGAGGAAAUCAAAGAAAGAUGCUGUAAAAUAUUUCCCCUCCCUGUUUUUUCAGUGACGUGCUAGGAGGUAAAUAGGGACCUAAGUGUGUCAAUGGGACUCUGGAGAGACAGAACCAUGUGUUGAGGGGACCGGCAUGAUACAGAGGGGCUCCGGUGGAGGGAGAAGUAGGCCAUCAUCAGCCCCAGUAAAGCAGACAUUACAAACAGAACAGUUUAGAGCUAAAUAUAUGGCUGAAAGUACGUAGACACCUGAACGUUAAACCUGAUUGGUGAAGAUCUCACACACAAACUUCAGGUAUAAAUCUGCUACUAUAACAAUAUCCACUGUUCUGGGUCACUAGAAAAGUGCAUACAUUUCGCACUCUGAUGUGAUUUCAGACCCAAAUAGACUUUUUCACAGCAGGCAUUUUGACGUGUCAAACCAGGAAAACACACAGGUGUUACUUCAUUGGAACUGAAGCCCACACCAAAAGCACAUUAAAGUGUGCGCCCGGGGGUGUUCACACAGUUUUAUUAGCCAUAUAGUGUACACAUGAUAUGAGAUUCUGUAUAUCUCACUAUAAUGAAAUAGUUUCUGUGCAUUCCUGGUCUUAAUGGCUGUGUUGCAGGAACAACGUUUUCUUAAAGGAAAAGUUUGCCAUUUUGGGAAAUAUGCUAAUAUGACGCUACAGCCAGCAGCAGGUUAGCUUAGCACAAAGACUUGGAAUGGGGGGAAACAGCUAGCCUGGCUCUGUCCACCUACCAGCACCACUAAAGCUCACUAGUUAACACGUUUUAUUACACGGCUUUGUUGAAUACUCAAUUCUGAUUGGUCAAUCACGGCGUUCUACGGUCUGUUAUUUCUUUAUAGCAGACCGUUGCUAUGUAUAACAGACCGUUGCUAUGGACAUAGUUCUGAUGUCGGACUCUGGCGGACCGUUUUUGUGUCAAAUUAUUGAUUUCUUAAGUAAGUAGCCGUGUAAUAAGCGGGAUAAUGUACAGUUAGCGGUUAUUGUUGUGAAAUAAACACCUUCAGGGUCUUGCAUCGGGGUUUGGGGUUUAUUUCACAAUAAUGACCGGCUCGCUGUACAUUAUCCGUUAAAUAUCUUGUUUAUGUAAUCUCUACAAAAACUGACGGAAAGUGAAUAAACAUAUUUCCCAAACUGUUGAACUAUCUUGCUGAAUAAAAUUAAUUCGAUGUCACUAAUUUCUCAGAGAACAAAUCACUGGCAUAAAGCACCAAUUAUCAUAAAGUCUAAAACAUUUGAUGACGCAGCUCUGGGGUUGAGACUCUGGCAUCCCAGAGGAAAUAAAUCGACAAACAACAGCGAGGAAUGGCACCUGCAGGCUUCGUCUCCAUGGCUGCCUGGGCUGAGUCUACUCACCCACGGGCCCCUCGGGGAUUGGUCUCCUCCCGUGGUCCUCUCUCCAUGGCACCAGUCCGCCAUCUCGUUUUUGUCUGGCUGUGCUAAGUCAUUCUAGCUCCACGUGUACGACCGUCUAGGGACAACUAUAGCUGCACAUAAAGCGGGUUCAUCUCUAGCUGAUCAGUUCUUGAUUAAUGGCAGAGCUGAGUCCGAGGCUGUUAUUGUGAGCAUCAUCUGUGCGACUAGAGAUAGAGACGCCCGAUCUCUGCGUCCGUGUAGCUUUGAAAACAAACAACAAAAAGCACAACAACAAAAAAAGAGACGGAGAAGUCAAACUACUGGCUGUGUUUUUUUUAUUAGUUUGUUUAUUUUUUGCUUUGAUGUCAUUUGAGGUAAAUGUUUGUCAAAUGUCAGAGUAGUUUUUGUGAAUAUAUGAUACAAAUGUACAAAAAAAAUAACAAAAAUGGAAAGUUUUAUGGUUGUAAAGAGCUUUACUUUACUGAAUUACUUUAUCAACGGAAAAGAAAAGCAAGAGAUAGAAAAGAGAAUUUUACUAUAGCUCCUCCACGGAGCUGCUUUGUGACCGUGUCUGUACUUGUUGGUAUUUCUGUUGAUGUACCUUUUCAUCGAGGGAUCCAGAACCGACUCAGAGGAUGUGCAAUGCCCUUUGACCCCUCCCCGUCCGAAUGACCUUUGACCUGACUUCUGUUUCUGAACAGUAACACAGGAGUGAACUCUGAGGACCUUGUAUCAGAGCGCAGAGCUGCUCCUCCCAGCCACAGAUCUCCAACUUGCUUGUUUCUGUGGUGAUGGAGGGGAAAGGAAAGGACAUGAAGCUGGGGACGUCAAGGCUAUGACUGCGUUUUUGUCCCGCCUCGCUCCCAAAAGGCCGUUUUCCAUUCGACAUCCAAACAUCACAGGCCUCCAUCACUGGUUUUAUUGAACUGCUAGCCCGGGAAUGCACUAUUGAUUGGUAAAUGAAGAUUAUGAAUAAAGUUUCAAACAAAGAGGAA